AUGUACUCCGGGAACAGCAGCAAGAGCAGCAGCCUGGAGCCGACGCCGGUGGAGCAGCACGACUUGGAGCAACAGCGGCAGGAGCCGGCAGCGUCGGACGCGGGGCCGCCCUUCAGCGCCGGCACCUACGAGCUGCUCGCCCUGCUGAUCGCCACCAUCGGAAUCCUGGGCUUGUGCAACAACCUGCUGGUGCUGGUGCUCUACGCCAAGUUCAAGCGGCUCCGCACGCCCACCAACCUCUUCCUGGUCAACAUCAGCCUCAGCGACCUGCUCGUGUCGCUCUUCGGCGUCAGCUUCACUUUCCUCUCCUGCCUCAGGAAUCACUGGGUCUGGGAUGCGGCCGGCUGCGUGUGGGACGGCUUCAGCAACAGCCUCUUCGGAAUUGUUUCAAUUAUGACCCUCACGGUCCUGGCUUAUGAACGUUACAUUAGAGUAGUGCAUGCAAGAGUGAUUGAUUUCUCGUGGUCUUGGCGGGCGAUCACGUACAUCUGGCUUUAUUCCUUAGCCUGGACUGGAGCACCUCUUCUCGGCUGGAACCACUACACGCUAGAAAUACAUGGAUUAGGUUGUUCAGUGGACUGGAGGUCAAAAGAGCCCAAUGAUUCUUCCUUUGUCCUCUUUUUCUUUCUCGGUUGUCUUGUGGCACCAGUUGGAAUCAUGGCCUACUGCUAUGGACAUAUUCUUUAUGCGAUACGAAUGCUUCGUUGCGUUCAAGACUUACAGGCCAUCCAAGUGGUCAAAAUCCUAAGAUACGAGAAGAAAGUGGCGAAAAUGUGUUUUUUAAUGAUAACCACAUUUCUGAUUUGUUGGAUGCCUUAUGCUAUGGUCUCUCUUCUAAUAGCCUAUGGGUAUGGUCACAUUAUCACUCCAACCGUGGCUAUCAUCCCCUCUUUUUUUGCCAAAUCAAGCACUGCCUACAAUCCAGUCAUCUAUAUUUUCAUGAGCAGAAAGUUUCGACGAUGCCUUAUGCAGCUCUUCUGUGUUCGCCUCCUGAGAUUCCAGAGGAGCUUGAAAGACAGACCAGCAAUAGGAAAUGAAAGACCAAUCCGGCCCAUAGUCAUGUCCCAGAAGGCGAGGGACAGGCCAAAGAAGAAAGUGACUUUCAGCUCUUCCUCAAUCAUUUUCAUUAUCACCAGCGACGACACUCAACAAAUAGAUGACAGUACCAGAUACACUGGCACAAGAAUAAAUGUAAUCCAAGUGAAACCACUAUAGCAGGCGAUAUUCAGCAGUUGACUGGAUUUGAGUGGACUUCAGCUUACAAAGCUCUUUUGAUUUAAAGACUUCUCUUUGUAGCACAUAUGUGGCAUGGUUAAGAAGAUAGGCGCCACCUUUGGGAUGUGAAAUGCGGA